AUGCAGAACUCGGGUCCUACAGAAGAAUCUGAUCAGCCGUCACCCGCCCAGAACGACAAGACACAGACGCGGCGGCCUUCAGCAGAUGGUCGCCCCCGAAAGCGAGUCCGGCUGGCCUGUGAGCCUUGCCGUGGCCGCAAAACUCGCUGCGAUGGUGGAAGGCCCCCUUGUGACACUUGUCGGGAACGGCGAACUGAAUGCGUCUAUCUUCCAUGGAGAGCUCGUGCCAGCGUGACCAAAGAGUAUAUCGAGCAACUGGAACUGCGGAACCGGGAUCUUGAGCGCAACCUGCGAUCACAUCUCAGUGGCCAUGAUCUUCCGCAAGAUGCGGACUGUCGGUACGAUGUUACCAUCGACCUCCUGCCCACCAUAGGCGACAGUAAUGCUGGCAAAUCUUCGACUGGUUCGACGAUCCUGCCCAAGAGUCAAGGCAGCAUUCAUCUUGAAGCCCCAAGCCAUUGCCCAAGAGACAACAACACUGCUUCGUCACUUGCUCUGGACAUCGGGUCCCCUGUAGGCAUUGGACCGUCCGCAGCACCAACCAGUGGCAGCCUAGAUUUGGUGGCAAACAAUGUCCCCGAAGAAGAACAACCACCGGAAGGUUGGGUCGAAGAUGACGCUGGAAAUCUUAGCGACGGGGCAAAGACUGAUUUAACCCGUGUCGACUCUUACCCAGACAAACCCCCAGGUUAUUUUGGGGAAUCAUCAGUCAGCACCUUUUUGUCUACAGUCAGGCCAUUGUACGCAACGCAGCGUAGGUCGACCUCACCGCACGCCCGGAGACUUCCGGGCAGCGGUAGCGUUUCAUCUGACUCCCCCUUCGAGCGCUUGGUCAGGCAUCGGCACGGAGCUGCAGACUUGAGCGACUGUCUGGCGCUGCCUCAGCGGAACAUUGCGGAUCGCCUGGUGAAUGCAUAUUUCACAUACAUCGACACUAUCCUUCCAUUUAUUCAGGAACCCUGGUUCAGGGCCAAAUACGAACGCACAUGGCUCCCAACAGCCUGCGACUCAUCUACAAAAGAUACCCACGAUCUCUCGUGGUUGGCGCUGCUGAAUCUGGUGUUUGCAUUCGGCUGUGAAUAUGUCAAUAUCUCGCGUGACCAGGGCCUGGUCUCUGGCGCGCGAUUCUUCAAACGUGCCACCACCAUAUUAUUCUCCCAAGUCUUCCAUUCGGGGAACCUUGAAACAAUCCAAAGCCUGAUCUUAACCAGCCACUAUCUUCAGUCUACCAACAAUCUCAAUAAGUGUUGGAGCAUAGUCGGUUUGUGCAUCCGCAUGGCACAUGGAAUGGGUCUGCACCUGGAUCCCUCACGCUGGAAAAUCGGCCAUGUCGAACAAGAACUUCGCCGACGAUUGUGGUGGGGCUGCAAUAUAGUCGACUGCAUGCUGAGCCUCCGUUAUGGCCGGCCACCAUUCGGCAUAGACAAGUCGCCGGACGUUCGCUUGCCAACUCCAAUUGAUAGCCUGUAUCUCAGCUACGACCACACCAAUGAAGGCCAACAAAGCGAAGAUAAGGCACGGUGUCAAAUCCUGUUGGCUGAUAUCGGCCUGUCACGUCAGAUUGAAUCCAUCGUCCGGGAGCUUUAUCUUGAUCGCCAGCAGCGUUUCAACAAAAAUCCCUCGGAUCAGAGCGAUGAAGAGGGCGGAAACUUCUCAGCUGUUGGGAAACUCCUCUCGACAGUCGUACGUUUGGAUGGCAAUCUGUUGAACUGGCAAGAUAACUUACCGCGCCACCUUCGCCCAGAUGCCAACAAUGCAGACUGGAAGCUCCAACGACAAGCGAACAUUCUCUUUAGCAAAACUGUCGCCAUCAGGGUUUUGUUGCAUCGGGAGUCAUUGCUAAUCUUCCAGCGCGAUCCCCCUGAAGAUGACUUUCAACGGGAAAUGGUCAUAUUGAGCGCCAGACAGUGCCUCAGUUCUGCCAGGAAACUGGUACACUUUUACGACAGCCUCCGAGAACGGAAACUGGUCAACAUGUGGUUCUGGGAUGCACAAUAUCUCAACAUUGCCGUCGCUGCUCUCGUCAGUCUACAGGUUAUGCCCUCAGAAGCCCGUGAAGUUUUCGCAGAAAGAGAAAGUCUCGACAGUGAUGAACGAGUCAUCAAAGUGGGCCUUGGACUGCUCAAGGACCUGGCCAGCAAGAGCGCAAUGAUCUGGCACUAUGCUGAGAACUUGGAGCGUCUAAUGAAGGAGUCGAGUAGAGAGGGUCAAAAUCCUAGCUGCGAAGGUGAUGUUAGGAGGUGCUGUUCUCGCGUUCCAACAGGUGUUGGUGAAGCUUUGCCUACCAUAAGCGCUGCCGGGAACUACGGUACCCCUUCAAGGAAUGAACGAAACGCUCAUGCAAGCCUCGACGGUGCUCAAGCUUUUCCCACCGGUAACGGGUCCCAGAUGCCUGUCAAUCACCCGGCACCUCCUACAACCACAACGUACGUGUCGAUCGACCCCUCAGCAGAUUUCUUUCCUAUCCCACGGGACUUUUUCCUGCAGGGCAUCCAAGAAGUCGAUGAUCAAAUUCUGGCGGUGCCAUGGAUGGAUGACCAGGCCACGAGGUCGCAGUAUCCCAUGCCAGACUCCUUCACGGGCGGAUUUGGUUAUCCGGAUGCUGACUUCGGUGGCUUUCGAUUCGGGUCUUGA